UUGAACGUGUUGUAAAACGCGUAUGAUACGCUCAGUAGCUGUAGCUUCGGCAAUCCAACAAAUUUGAGCGCUGACUCACCACCCAACAGCCAUUUUGUCGAGUCAUUAUCCGUGGGUCCGAUGACCACGAGGUCGAUAUAAAAUAUCUUGAAGAUGUUGCAAGUAACAUCAUUCGCGCCAACUCUUUUCAUCCAAGCUGGCGUCCAUCCCAGACCUCCUCGGGCAGCUUCUACAGCUCGCAGGCUUCGAACACUUCAAAUCCAAACGCUCCUAUCAAUGGCACCUCGCCGCCUGUGAUGGCACCUACCGCUUUGGAUGGACUCGGUCCAUUGGUUUCGUUCUUUCUUUCGAUCUCUGCGCUGAGAGACUGGGUGAAGCUUUUGAUAAUCGGCAGCUUCUUUGAGACCUGCCGACGCCUCCUUGCCACAGAGAAUGUGCGCAAUGUAAAUAUAAGCACUGUUUCCUUCGGUGAAGAGAGCUUGAUCCAUCCUGGUGUGGACUGCAAACUUUCUUACCUGCCAGCAGCCUCUGGGUCAUAUACCCUGUGGUACAAAUACAGAUGGAUGCGGAUUACCCGUAUUUCGGAGCCAGUACAAGGUUGGGGCCCGACCCACAGGGACACAUUGCAGAUCAGCAUCGUUACGCGCAACCAUGACAUUUUAAACGCCAUCCUACAAGAGGCCAGAAACGCCUAUAAAAUCGUGCAAGGCAGCGCCAUUACUGUCUACGUUUCUGAUUCCUCGAACUGCUGGAGAGAACUUGCUAGACGAAACAAGCGGCCUCUAGACUCGAUUAUAUUGGAACCUGGAAUUCGGGAACUCGUCUGGUAUGCUGAACGAGGGAUUCCUUUCCGCCGUGGUUAUUUGCUGUAUGGUGCACCUGGCUCAGGGAAGACUUCUCUGAUUCAUAGCAUCGCGGGCGAGCUGGAACUUGAUGUCUACAUCAUUUCCCUCUCCCGCAGCGGGCUUGACGACACUGGGCUUUCAGAACUCAUUUCGGAUCUUCCCGAGAGAUGCAUUGCUCUAAUGGAAGACAUCGACGCUGCCCUCCACAACAGUCUUACACGAGAGGACGCUUCCACGCCACCUAACCAACCCGAGUCCAUCCCCGGUUCUCCACCCGCUCCUAGCACUAGUAGGGUUUCGCUCAGCGGUCUACUCAACGCGUUGGACGGCAUUGGCGCGCAAGAAGGGCGGAUAUUGUUCGCUACGACGAACAAGUAUUCGGCACUUGACCCUGCUCUAUGUCGUCCUGGUCGUAUGGACCUCCAUGUUGAGUUUAAGCUCGCGAGCAAAUAUCAGGCAGAUGAGCUGUUUAAGCGUUUCUACCUUCCCUCGCGCAAGCCCACGGCAGAUGAUGAAGAGACUAAAUCGAGUCCUCCUCAAACGCACCAUAAUGGUCCCGCACAUGGCGGGAGUUCCACCAACCUGAUCGAUCUCUGCAUCCCAGACGACACCGCCGACACCUCUCUUUCCUCAGUUGGAUCUGAAAAAUCUGGGCCUGUCGGUCCCACGUAUAUAGGCACGCGCCACAGCGGACAUGCACCAAGGCUUUCAUCGGAUCAGCUUUCUGCACUUGCCGCACAGUUUGCAUCAGCUAUUCCAGAGCGUGAGGUGUCGAUGGCUGCUCUGCAGGGUUAUUUGAUGUCUCAUAAGAGCAGGCCUUGGGAGGCGGCCAAAGAGGUCUCUGUUUGGCUUCAAAAGGAGCUGGUAGAUAAGAAAGCCCGGAAUGAGACAAAAUCAUGACGCUGUAGUUUGGUAUCGUUAAUCAUCGCAGCUUUAUAUCUCAUUGUAUCUCUUCAUCCUCAAGUCAACUACGCACGAUACUAUGUAGCAAUCAAAUCAAAUCUCAUACUGAUUUCAAA